AUGGCGUCCGGCGAAGACGAACCGAUGCGUGAUGCUUCAAUUUCCGAGGCCCCUCCUAUAGCAAGUCAGCCCGCGCCCGCACCCGCAUCCACGGCGAAACCCCGCCGUCGGUUUGCCCCCCAGCUUGUUGAGGAAUCUGUAAAGUCGUCAGCGAACAAAAGAUUAGACCUUCCUCUAAAGCCUUUAACAUUGACACCCCCGGAUUCGACGGUUAACUCGACUAGACGACCUACGAGGGACGCUUCAGUUCAGGUGAGCGACAUUGAAAUGCCGGAUGCGCCACCGGUCAAACCCAUUCGGCGCUUUGCUCCAGUUCCAAUUGAGACGACAUUCGACUCGUACAGGGUGAGCAACAGUAGUAUUAGGAAAAAUCCCGUCGGCCCGACUGCAGAAUUAACACCGGACCCUUCGCCAACAUCCCCAUACGCACCGGCGUUCCUAGAAGGGGAAAACAAAGAAGAUCAGAGACAAUCCGAACAAUCGCAAAAGAAACCCAAGAGAAAGUUUGCCCCGCAAUUGAUUGAGACGACAAGAAGAUCCAAAAAGGCAGAUCAACCAGGCCCCGCCACUAAGCCAAUAGAUAAGACGGAUAUCACUCCUGGUACAAAUCAUAUCUAUGCUCCGAAGCCAAAGCGAAAAGCUGCACCUAGGCCUGCUGUUUCAGGUAUAUCGAAUGCUACCGGCGAUGGUGAUGGCUAUUUAACACCACGGAGGCAGCAGUCUAUGAAGCCGCAUCCAAAUACUCGAAGAAGCACGCGACAAUCGUAUACUCCCGAUCUCGAUACUAUAUUAUCAUCCGAGUCGGAUAAGUCUUCUGAGGAGAAUGACGACGAUGAGGAUACACCAGUUAUCAAUAUUGGGGUUCCGGCUCUUUCUAACGGAAACCCGGAACAGGAUGAUGACGAUGUUGGUAGCGAUUCGUGGAGUAGCAGGCGUUACCAUGUCCGCGAGAGGAGAGAGUCGUGUGACGAGGAGUUUUCGGGCUAUCUAUUAGCGGUAGCCGCUAGGGAGGCGCACAGACAACGCGAGCUCGAAGCGGCUAUGGCUGCAUUCCCCAACGGUGUACGACCCGAGGGUGUGGAACAUUUCCUCGUUAGAGAUAAUUCCGAGGAUGAGGAUCCCCUUGCCCUAGAUGAACGAUUAAGGCAUGGAACCUCACAGCUUCUACGACGCAAGGAGUCGGACCCGGGCUGGGCCGUUAAGGAAAUGCGAGCCCAUGCCGAAAAGCUAGCUCAAAUCAACCAAGAGAGGAUGAAUAUUGACGAAGAGCUGGAUCACGUUGAUAUACCUCCUCCUCCAGCAGACCCGUUAUGGACAACAUCCGCGUUCCGAACAUCUCUUGAUGAAAAUAUGAGAGAUGCUCCAAGCCCAAUCAUAAACGCGCAUUCACCGGCUCUAUUAGCCAGGGUAGAUUCGCAUCCUCGCGCAUCCUCGCCCGUGGUCCUCCCACCAGAACCUGGCUUUCAUGCUAGCCCAUUUGGUAUCCCUUUUGCCUUUCGUAAUAAUGAGCCCGAAGACCCUCAGAUGCGGAAGAUGCGCAUAGCUGCCUCGCCGCCUAUGCUUGGUGGUGGUCUACAGUUCCGCAUGUGUCCUAGCCCAAAGUCGACACGUAUGGAGCCCAGUCAUCAGUAUUGCAACCUUGAGAAGCCUGAACGGCGAGAUGCUACGGGGGCCACAGGGCUAUGGCGUGGCUACUGUUCUACGAAGGCCAACGACGCCGUAGAGAUGACACACCCAGGACCCCAUCUACUCAUGACACCGCAAGAGCCAAAUUCCCCGCAUGACCCUUUCUCCGCCGCUUUUACCGCAUCUAUGAGCAUUAGCGGUGUCAUAAGCGGUGCACAGUCACCUGGGGCUACGUCCCCGACAGGCAGAGGCUUUCAUGUGCUCUCGGGAUUGGAUGAACGGCUAAAAAAGGCGAAGGCACGCAAGGAAUUUGAGGAGCGCAUCGCGGCCGAGUUUGAUGAUGCCUUCGUUACGCAGGUUUACAACUAUCUCAGUCUCGGAUAUCCCGCUACUGCACGUGCCUUUGAUGGUGAACUGAGUAAGAUCAGCGGCAUCGACAUCGUGGAAUUGCGCAAGGAUGAUCACAUAAAAAUCGAGAAAGGUUUCAUGCUGCAAAUGGAGAUGAGCGUCCCCAAGGGUAGUUCAAUGACCGACUCCGACAGCGGCGAGGAGACACCACUGCGUACGCCUGAGGAGGACGAGAGAAGAACUCGCAGGAGAGCGAAGCCACCUCGGUGGAUAGCAUUGAAGCUUUAUAUACGCGAGUGGGCACGCCAGCACCCCGUUCUUAAUGACUCUGGGACUGGUGAGAUGGCCUGGGGUGUCAGGGCUAGGAGAGGCAGUUGGGCUAUCUAG